GACAGGGUCCACCUGGCAGAAGGGGGUCUGUGUUCCCGUAGGCAGGGACGCCGGAGCACCCGGAAGGAGGCAGGCAGCUCCCGACGGAUCGAUGCCAGCCAAAUGAUGACCAGUUGUGGCCAGCAGUCCUUGAACGUGCUCACCGUCCUCUCGUUGCUGAUUUCUGCAGUCUUGUCGGCGCAUUUCCGGGUCUGUGAGCCGUAUACGGACCACAAAGGCCGCUAUCACUUUGGCUUCCACUGCCCCCGGCUCUCGGACAACAAAACCUUCAUUCUCUGCUGUCACCAUAACAACACGGUUUUCAAAUACUGCUGCAACGAGACAGAGUUUCAGGCGGUGAUGCAGGCGAACCUCACGGCCGGCUCCGAGGGCUACAUGCACAACAAUUACACCGCCUUGCUGGGAGUGUGGAUCUAUGGCUUUUUCGUGUUGAUGCUGCUGGUCCUGGAUCUUUUGUAUUACUCUGCAAUGAACUACGACAUUUGCAAGGUUUACCUGGCGCGGUGGGGCAUCCACGGACGAUGGAUGAAACAGGACCCCCGGCGGUGGGGCAACCCUGCCCGGCCGCCCCGGCCAGGGCAGCCUGCCCCGCAGCCCCAGCCUCCCCCAGGCCUGCUGCCGCAAGCCCCCCAGGCCGUGCACACGCCGCAGGGAGAUGCCCACAGCCCUGCCCCGAUGACCUUCCAGAGUUCGUCUGCCUGAAAACCCUUUUGCCGUGCCUCAGGAUGGGGGAGGCGAGACCCGAAGCACCCGGCACAGCCUCCAAGAAGAACAACUUCAACAGAGACCCCAAGGAGAGCCAAGGUGGCCGCGGCGGUGGCAGAGGAGGAAAUGCCACCUGUGCCCACAACCCCCUUCCACGGACUUCUAAGAUUAGGAGCAAACUCAGGGGUGGGGGCCAGGGGUUGUAAGGGAGGGGGUCUUGAGCCACCCGUCCGCAAGCAAUAGUCCCAUUCUGGGCUGGUGGCUUCUGAGAGGUGACGCCAUUGUGGACUCAGGAUGACAAGCACCAAGCUGUUCCGGCUAAUUCAAGCCACAGGGAUUAGGCCUGUGCAUCGUACCUGUGGGCCCCUUGCCUCCGCUCCCUCCAGUUGUGGCCUGUGGGCCUAUCCGUGUCAGAAUACUGAAUGUGAGUGUGUGUGUGUGUACGUGCACACGUGUGCGUGCAUGUGCGUGGGAUUUGGCGUGUUCUUUUUGUUGUUUGUUUGGUUGGUUGGUUUCUAUUGGAGUCCCCCCGAGUCCUCUAAUGGGCACAGGUCACCAGUGGUGGGGGCCCUGGUCAGCAUCCCCAUUCAAACUUCUUGCUGUAGCUGGCAGCCGUGAACCCACUGGAGUCACUGAGCGUGAAGCAUGGCCCCGCUAUGUCUCAGAGGGCACUGGGGACUUGAAAAUGCUGGUGAGGGUUUGUUCUUAUGGAAUUUGCUCCUAUAAUAAUGUAAUAAUAGGAGAUGAUGCAUCUUGGGCCAUCCACGGAACAGGCACUGGGCUGCAUGUUUCCACAUGCUCCCCCUCUCACCGCCUGGGAGGGGGGGUGUGGUGAGCCCCCUGCAGAAACGGCUCUGAGCAGGGAAAGUGCCCAGGGUCACACAGCCAGGAGGAGACCAGCCCCUCUGUUUGAUCUUAGGGGUGUAGGAACCCAAAGUCCACACUCCCCAGCCCAGGGGACCCCCAGCACAAUCCUGGGACAUCUCCCCACUGGCUUCUCAGUGGACUGACUGUUGCCCCAAGUUCUCCACCAUCACUGCCCUGACACCCUCAUCCACACAGCACAUUCUGGUUAAGCACCUGCUGUGUGUCAGACCCCAGGUUGGGCAGUGAUGGGGGCUGGCCAUGAGUCAGGCAGGCCUUGUCCCUGCCCUGGAGGGGGACCACCAUCUGGUGGGAUAGACAGACACACAGAUCUGUGCUGAACACAGUGAUGAGGGCUGUGGAAGCCCCAAGGGAAGUUUCUAGAAACCAUUCCACUUUAGACUUCCACGUAAACCUGGAUGCCUAUAACAUCUGUCCCCAGAGCUCUCCACCACCGCCCACCCUGCUGGCCCAGGGCACACACAUGGAAGGGCAUUGCCCGGGAAAUGUUCACAUAAAUCCCCAAGGACCACACUGCCAGUGUAGGCACACUCCUUCCCUUCGUGUUAGUGAUAACCUGAUCUCCCGCAGCUCUUGGCGUGAUAGACCCGGCUCAGCAAGCGUGUGUCCCUCUGACGGCGUGUCCUCACUUAGCCAGACCCGGUUCUCUGCGCACACGCUGUCUGCCCUCCACACACAGCAGAGAACCGGGAGGCCCCUGCACGUGGUGCUGGUCGGCUAGCUGGGGAGAGAGGACAGGGGAGAAGCGAAUUGUGAACGAGGACGGUAGCAACAGCAGUGAGCGCUGGGCCGAGAACUCAGUCAGAACAGUCUGUUAGGGUCUUGUCUAGGUUGGGCCAUCUGGGAUUCCCUUUCUGAGUGGGUGACACUUAAGCCCAGGUCUGAAUGCUAAGCGAGAGCCAGCCCUGGGCAUUAAAGAUAGGGGAGAACAGCCCAGUACAAAAGCCCUCAGGCAGCAGCACGCUUGACGGUCUCAAAGAACCAAAGAAACCCAGGACAGCUGGGACGCAGAGGGAGGGCACAAGGGGUGGAGGGCGCGGGAGUCCAGGCUCUGCAAGGCCGCACAGACACAACACCCCAUCUUUGAUAAAGCAUUUUCCGGGCUACCAGGCUCUCCAUCCCCUCAACAGCUCCAUAAGGAAAGGACUCUCCCCAUUUUGUGGACUAGGAACCUGAGACCCAGAUGGGACCAGUGACCUGCCCAAGCUCCCCAGGCAGGCUGUGGCCGACCAGAUCCACAGUUUCCAUGCAUCUCCCCAGGAAGGGGUGCCCAAGUCUAUGGCUUGGUGGAGGCAAAGUGGGAAAGCUUUACUUGGGGUCUUGAGUAGGGGCGGGCAUGUCUUCCUUUCCCCGGACGCUGUGGGGAGCCUUGGAGAGGGGCUCAGCAGCCACCCUGCCCAGGGGGAUCCACCCUCCCCUGCAUCCAAUGUGUGGGGCCUCGGGAAUCAGGGGGACCUGAGGGUUGGGAGAAGGGGAGGGGGGCACAAGACCCGGAUUCUGACAUCAGCUCUGCAUUAAGAGCAGUGUGACCUUGGGCCAGUCCUGUGCCUUUUCUGCCCUCAGUUUCCCCCUCGGUAAGAGGAAGGAAUCAGACCAGGUAUUAGGAUGCUGGCAUCUCUGGCUUCCUGUGGUCCUGGGUGGCGCUCACACAGCUGCUCACACAGAGCUGCUCCCUCUGGCAGGUAGGAGCUGGCCACCUUGCCUCCCGGCCUGGAAGCCUGAGCCAGAGGCUGCCCUCGCCUAGACCAUCCAGGGCUAGGACCCACCUGAUUGCAGCCCCGAGAGUGACAACUUACAGGACUCCGUUUCUGGCCCCUGCCAGCACUCUUUUUGGGCGUGACUGGUAACCCUGUGGGGCUUGGGAUGGAACAUUCCGUUGGAAUGGAGGCCUCCCACGUGUAGCUCAGCGGACGUCACAGACGUAGCCGGCCAGUGCGGGCACCGCCCCUUCCUCGCUCCUCUCCAAGCCUGUGUGCCACCUGGCAGGUGAGGGGGGGCAUGGGAGGGAGGGAACAACAGUCACUGCCUCACAGUAGCUGAGGAGUGAGACGGGGUGCCGGGUGGGAGCGCCCCGAGUGGAGAGCACAGCUGCAGGGAAGGCACGUGUGCACAGGGCCAUCCCUCCCAGUGUCCAGGGCGCCCCAAAACUCCACAGAAGCCCGGCUCGUCCCAGUGAAGACCUGCCCCCCCCACUGUGGCAGGCCACCGUGCCAAUCGGUAGCGUGUCCCCGAGAAUAAGACACAGGGUAGUGACAAGUCCAAGGCAAGAUUUCCAGUUAGUGUUUUUUAGUGACUCCCAAACCCGGUUUUUCAAGCUGCCUAUGUUUACUUUCUACUGUGAGCUUCUGGCUAUCACCACGUAAUUUGUAACAAUAGUAAUAAUCAUAGUACAAAGAGAAAAAUAAAAAGCAGAGAAAGAGGAAGACAACAUAC